AUGGUCAACAUCACUGUGAGUCGAGAGGCUCCAAGAAGCUCUGCUUGGCAUCCGGACACAUACUGACGCUUGCACCUUGCUGCUGCUGCUUUCCCACCAAUCAGUACGGAGUUUGUGAGUCUUUCGAGUGACCAUCAUUGGUCGUGGUUCGAUGCCCAAGCACACGCAUGCCAUGGUGCAGAGGGGGGCAGCGCGCUCGCUUGUAUGCGCGGCAAACACGAGUCAUGACAGAUCUGACCAUGAGAGCAAAGUUACUGACUUGCUCGUGCCCGCUCGGUCUUGCAGUGCUUGCUCCUGAUGGCGCCACCGAAGGAUCUACCCUUCUCACCAGCCAGGGAACAGACUUGAUCGUCACCUACGGCUCCAACAAUGAGAGCAUAGUGGCGUACAACCCAGGAGAUCUGGCCUGGAUCUUGACCUGCACAGCUCUCGUCUGGCUCAUGAUUCCAGGUCUUGGCUACCUGUACUCUGGCUUGACGAGAAGAAAGAACGCGCUUCACAUGCUCCUUAUGACCAUCAUGGCUCUUGCCGUAGUAAGCAUUCAAUGGGUCUUCUGGGGCUACUCUCUCGCCUUCUCACCUACGGGAGGCAAGUUUUUGGGUAACCUCAACCAUUUCGGUUUCAUCGAUGUGCUGCAAGCUCCCAAUGCCAACGCCAACAACAAGAUUCCCGACAUUGUCUACGCCAUGUACCAGUGCAUGUUCGCCAGUCUGGUUCCCGCCAUUGCUAUCGGAGCCGCAUGCGAGCGUGCGCGCGUCUGGCCUUUCAUCGUCUUUGUCUUUGUCUGGACUACGCUGGUAUAUGACCCCAUCGCUUCUUGGGUGUGGAACAGUGCCGGUUGGGCCUACAAUUGGGGUGUGCUGGACUAUGCUGGUGGAGGACCUGUAGAGAUCUGCUCGGGUAUUACCGGUCUCGUCAUCAGCUACUACCUCGGCAAGCGUCGCGGCUACGGAACUGAGCGUCUGCUCUUCAAGCCCCACAACGUGUCCCACGUUGUGCUCGGCACCGCAUUCCUCUGGUUCGGAUGGCUCGGCUUCAAUGGAGGAUCGACGUUCGCUGCAAACCUCCGCGCCGGCAUGUCCAUCGCUACCACCAACACUGCUGCGAGCAUGGCAGGACUCACCUGGAUGUUCAUGGACUGGAGAUUGGAGCGCAAGUGGUCCGUUGUUGGCUUCUGCACCGGUGCCAUUGCUGGACUGGUGGCCAUCACCCCAGCAGCAGGAUUCAUUGGUGUGCCAGCAUCCCUGGCCGUCGGUUUCCUCUCCGCUUUCUUCUCUAACUUGGCGACACAAUUGAAGGCUCCCAUGCGAUGCGACGAUGCUAUGGAUGUCUUCGCCGUACACGCUCUAGCGGGAUGGGUCGGACUUCUCUGCACUGGUCUGUUUGCGCAAGCUUCUGUCGCCAACAAUGAUGGUAUCCUUGAGAUACCUGGUGGAUGGAUCGACCAACACUACGUACAGCUUGCCAUCCAAUUGGCGUGGUGCGCUGCCACGACCGCAUGGACCGGUGGUGUGACCUUCGCCAUCAUGCUCGUCAUCGACCACAUUCCCUACGUGGGACCUUUCCGCGCAUCUGAGACCGCAGAGAUCAUCGGUGUGGACGAGGAUCAGUGUGGAGAAUGGGCGCAGGACAGCUUCUUCAUCAACAGAGAUCUCGAGGGCAACUGCUCUCCUGCUGACUUGGGACACCACGCCCAACCUCUCAACAUCCACGAGAAGACGACAGACUUGAGCGCUCCCAGCGCAUCUUCCGAAGAGGGUAACGGCACUGCCGCUCCCUCUCCUGCACCGGCAGAGGCCACCAAAGCAUGA